CUUAUCAUAUACAUAGUACUAAUUCAAAUAUGCUCUAUCAUAUCAAACCAAAACAACAAGCAGCGCAUGCAUUUUCUUGGCCGGUAAAAUGGCUUAUCUGCUUCCCUAGCAUAAUGUGUGUGUAUUUGGCGCUCUGUAUCAUCAUGACGGGGGUCAAGGUAUGCUGUGGGACAGUGAACUCUAUCAAGUCUCUGUGGGAAACCAGGAUAAAGAAAAGCAAAGAUGAACUUAAGAAAGAGAGAGAGCAGAGAGACAGGAGAGCAGUGGGUAGGUUGACAGGUGCCUGGGAGGAUCGUAUCACUUUGGCCAAGCUAAAGGAAAAAGUUGUGACGGAGGAAGGACGUGUCAUUCUGCGGAUUGAAAAAGAGGAGUGGAAGACUCUUCCUCCAGCUUUGGUCCAACUCUCACAGAUCCAAGAAUGGCAGUUACACCGAAUAGGACUUCAAAAAAUCCCACAGUUCAUCUCAAGCUUUGAAAGCCUCAUAGUCUUGGACUUGUCUCGUAAUUCAGUCACAGAGAUUCCCAAAGAGAUUGGCAAACUAACUCGGUUACGAGAGCUGUUGUUGAGCUAUAACAGAGUAAGCCAUGUACCAGAAGAACUUGGCUGUUGUGAAAAUCUGGAGAAACUGGAACUUGCAAUGAACGAAGAUCUGGAUGGGCUGCCUACUCGGCUUAGCAAUCUAAAGAACCUGUAUCACUUGGACCUCUCCAUGAACCAAUUCACCACCAUUCCAGAUUGUGUGGUCAACCUUCCUUCUCUAGAGUGGCUAGACAUGGGCAGCAACAAGUUGGAAAGUUUGCCAGAAGAUAUUCACAGAAUGGAUAAACUUCACACCCUGUGGCUCCCAAGAAAUGAACUAGAGUACCUGCCAGACAAUAUCAGUCGCAUGCAAAGUCUGGACACACUAGUUCUGAGCAAAAAUAAACUACGAGACAUUCCUCCACUUAUGGAGCCAGAAAACUCACCCGGCAUGAGUAACCUCAGGUUUGUGAAUUUCCGAGACAAUCCUUUGACAUAUGAUGUGAUGCUUCCUGAUUUAAAAGAGAAUGUAGAUGAAGAAGAGAAUGACAGGGAGAUGUUUGGUCGUGACUUCAUGCACUUCUACAUCCAAGAGGCCCGGAAAAGAGGAUCCCAAACUUUCACAUCAGUGCUAAAUGUGACGUUGGAUGGCGUGUCAGAGACAGCAUCGUCUUUGUAAUUUGCAUGCUGGCUUCUGUCUGCUCGUCCGCCUUCAGGCUUGAUCUUCCGGUCCAUCAUGCCAAGUUCUAUGAAGAGAACUUCUUGUCUUUUAAAUGUGUUGUCUUUUAUGCUGUUUGUUGGAGUUGCUGCUUCCUGCUAGUAUGUCGUAACUAAUGUUUGUGGAUGAGCAAAAA